UGACAACGUUUUAUCUUUAGAGUACCCAAAACAUAUAGAUAACGAUCUACGUCGUCACACAAAUCAAUCAAGACUUAAUCAGAUUAGUCAAGCACAAAAGUACUAUUUCCGGUUUAUCCAUUUAUAUUCUUUGUUUAUCAUAUUAUCAAACCAUUCCGAUAAUAAAAUAAUAAUAUUAUUAUUACUACUACUAUCAUCAUCAUGUCAGCACCAGCCACAUCUCGAUUCGCUCAGUUCAAACUCGUUCUCUUGGGUGAGAGUGCCGUUGGUAAGUCAUCCAUCGUGCACAGAUUCGUCAAAAACACCUUUGAUGAAUUAAGGGAAUCCACCAUAGGUGCAGCAUUCUUGACCCAGACUAUCACCAUACCUGAAACCGACACCACUAUUAAGUUUGAAAUAUGGGAUACUGCCGGACAGGAAAGAUAUAAAUCACUUGCUCCUAUGUAUUAUAGAAAUGCCAAUGCUGCUCUUUGUGUGUAUGAUAUAACAAGCCGGGUAUCCUUUAAUAGAGCCCAAGACUGGAUUAAGGAAUUGAGAAAGCAAGCACCAGAGGGGAUUGUCAUUGCAUUAGUCGGUAAUAAGUCUGAUUUAUCUGAUAAUAGAGAAGUAGAACUUAGCGAAGUGGAAGAGUAUGUCGAACAAUACAAUAGUGAGGCCACUGGUGGUGGUUCUACCAUCAUCAUUGCUGAAUGUUCUGCCAAGACUGGUGAUGGUGUUUUGGAAGUGUUUAAUAGAAUAGGAAGAGCUUUACCUGUUGAAGAAGCUAUCAAUGCUGCUGGAGGCAGAGCUAGACAAGCCGGUGGAAGAAGAGCUGGCGGUGUGGAUUUGAAUAGACCUAGAGCACAAGCACAACAAGGUGGUUCAUGUUGUUGAAUAGUUAGAGCCAGUGCUGUUAUUCAUUUGGAUCGAGCUUUGAUAGAGUUAGACCAAGUCUCUACAUAUCUUUUUGUUUCACAAUUGAGGUUGAAAGUGAUGUGUGAAGCUAUAUCCAUCUGCUCCUUGUUCGGCACCUUGUCCACCACCACCACCACAUACUUGCUUUGGCCAGCUUCUCAAUAAAGUCAAAUUUGGUUCAGUUUCAAGUCAAUUUCAGUUCAUAAUUUGCAUUUUACCCCAUUUGUGUAGUUACUGUUUAUACUAUAACAGAUUCUUAUCUUUGAGCUACCGAGUAUUACUUGGUUAUAUGC